AUGGGGGCUGUCUUGGGAACUUUAAUCUGGCUGCACGAAGAGGAGGAGGAGCUGCUGCAGCAGCAGCAGGAGCUGGAGCGGAGACACAGGGAACAGCAGCAGCGACAAUGCAAGCUGUCUGCACAGAGACGGGUGGGAGGUGACAGCCGGCGCUCUCAGGCCAAGGAAAGGACACGGCGGAGGCUGUACCCAGCCAACCGGGUGUACCGGCCCCGGGUCACAUUCCUGGAGCUGUCCGAAGAGGAGUGCCUGAGGCGGCUGCGCUUCUCAAAGCAGGCGGUCAGCGAUCUGUGCAGCCUCCUGCAGCAGGACCUGAUGCCGGCCGGGCCUGGAGGUCAUGCCCUGCCAGUAGCUGUGAAAGUGACCACUGCCCUGAACUUCUUCGCCUCUGGCUCCUUCCAGGGGGCUGCUGGUGACAUCUCCCACAUCAGCCAGUCGGCAGUACACAAAUGCAUCAAACAGGUCACCAAUGCUCUGUUUGCCAGGGCCAAUGACUACAUCUGCUUUCCAAUGGAUGAAAGCAGUCAGGAUGAUAGGGCGUCAGGAUUUUCUGCCCUUGCAGGCUUCCCCCGGGUACAGGGGAUCAUAGAUUGCACUCACAUUGCCAUCAAGGCCCCGGACAACCAGCCAGCUGCCUUCAACAGGAGGGGCUACUACUCUAUAAAUGUGCAGAUCGUUGCGGACCAUUGCCACCGAAUUAUGCAGGUCUGCGCCCGGUUUCCUGGCAGCUGCCGCGAUGCCUUCAUCCUACACCAGUCCACCAUCCCUCCUCUCUUCAGCAGGUGCCAGAAUGUAAAAGGCUGGCUGCUCGGUGACAGAGACUAUCCUCUCUACACGUGGUUGAUGACUCCACUCCCUAGCCCUAGCACGCCCGCUGAGCUGCGGUAUAACAAGAGUCAUGCAAGCACCAGGAGGGUCAUCAGACGCACCAUGGGACUCCUGAAGCAGCGCUUCCGCUGCCUGGACCGGUCUGGCGGUCCUCUGCAGUACAGCCCUCAGAGAGUCUCCCGCAUUGUGGUUGUCUGCUGCAUCCUGCACAAUUUUGCUGUGCAGAGGGGGCUGCAGCUAGAGGAGGAAGUCCCUGAAAACGUUUCCUCAUCCGAUGAGGAAGACCUGGAUGAUAGAGAGGAAGAAAUGGAUGAGGAAGAGACAAGCCAGCAGCUCACAGCCCACGACGUGAGGAAUCAGUUCAUCACCCAGUGCUUCAGUUGA